AUGGAGUCCAAAACCCAUGCUCGAGUAGAGAGCGACCGAAGUUCUGACGAGAAGAAUAUGGGAGAGGUUGCGAAUGCUAUGCCAGUCAAUCUGCCUGAAGAUCCUGAUGCGCAUCUGAGCGAUGCUCAGCGAAAGGAGAUUGAUCGCAAACUUGUUCGAAAGCUCGAUUUGCAAUUGAUUCCAUGGCUCUGCCUGCUGUACCUCCUCUCAUUCUUAGAUCGAACAAACAUUGGCAAUGCGAAAAUCGCCGGUCUACAGAAGAAGUUGGGUAAUAUGUCUACGGGCAAAUACAAUGCGGCUCUGUCCAUUUUCUUCGUGUCCUACGCAGUCUUCGAACCUCUAGCCAAUAUCCUCCUCAAACGCCUCCGGCCAUCAGUCUUCAUCCCCAUCAUCAUGUAUGCAUCACAUCUCACCCAACUGCUCUGUCUAACAAGUAACAGGAUCAUCUGGGGUGUCUGCAUGCUCUCAAUGGGAUUUGUUACAAGCUGGUCUGGUCUCAUGGUCUGUCGUUUCUUCUUAGGCUUGGCUGAAGCAGGUCUGUUUCCUGGUGUCAACUACUUCCUAUCUUCCUGGUAUAAACGAAAUGAAUUUGGUGUUCGAGCUGCCAUCUUCUUCUCGGCCGCCGCACUUUCAGGAUCUUUUGGUGGGCUUCUCGCUGCCGCUAUUCUGAAUAUGCAUAACGUAGGUGGUAAGCCCGGCUGGGCUUGGAUCUUCAUUCUCGAAGGUCUUGCCACUGUUCUUUGCGGGUUCCUCUCGUUUUUCCUAGUCCACGACUUCCCGGAUACCGCAACCUUCCUAUCAGAGCAAGACCGCGCUCGCGUCAUUCGCCGACUCAAGCUCGACCAACAGUCCAGUGCCGAACACGAGGAGUUUAAGAUGAGUUAUUUCUGGUCUGCCGUGAAGGACUGGAAAAUGUAUAUGGGUAUGUUCAUCUAUAUGGGGGCAGAUAUGCCGUUGUAUGCGUUCUCGCUGUUUCUUCCGUCUAUCGUUGCCGGGAUGGGGUAUAAGGGCAACCAAGCACAGCUCAUGACCGUACCACCAUACGCUUGCGCUGCUGUGCUCACUGUUGCCGUUGGCUUCUAUGCCGAUCGUACCAGACAACGUGGACUGUCUAAUAUCUUUGUUUCAUUGAUCGGAGUCGUUGGAUUCGCCAUGCUUAUAGGAUCGCACAAGCCUCAUAUCAAGUAUGCACUUCCCCAGUCCAGACCUUCUCCCUCAACUCUAAUACAUAGACCUAGGUAUGCGGGAACUUUCCUCGGUGCACUUGGUAUCUAUCCAUGCAUUGCGAACACGAUUUCUUGGGUGAGCAAUAACACGGAAGGGGUGUACAAGCGCGGUAUUGUUCUUGGGUUCGUCAUCGGUUGGGGUAACCUGAAUGGCGUCGUGAGUAGCAACAUCUUUUUCAAAGGUCCCCAAUACACCGUUGGCCACGCGACAAUCAUCGGCUACAUGGUUGGAUGCCUCGUGGUAGGUAGCACAGUUAUGCAUUUCCUGCUUGGGCGGGAGAAUGCAGCUAGGCGGGCGGGCAAGAGAGACCACUGGGUCCAGGGCAAGACGGAGAGAGAAAUCGAAGCUCUUGGCGAUAAGAGGCCGGACUUCUUGUAUACCACAUAA